AUGGCCUCUAACUCAAUCAACGAGUUCGCUCAUUUGCAAAUCCCACUAGAAGAAAUAGUGACGGCCACCCAUAACUUUGCCGAUGAGAAUAUCAUCGGUAAAGGUGGAUUCGGGAACGUUUACAAAGGUAAACUUAUGCAGUCCGGCAAGAUGAUAGAUAUCUCUUGCCGGAGGUUAGAUCGAAGGCAUGGGCAGGGAGACGUUGAGUUCUGGAAAGAGAUUUCCGUGCUUUCUGGUCUCGAGCAUGAAAACAUAGUGUCUCUUGUUGGGUUUUGUGACGAGAAUAACGAGAAGAUCAUCAUAACCGAGUAUUAUCCCAAGGGAAGUCUCUCCAUGCACCUAACCGACACUACCAACCUCACAUGGAAGAAAAGACUGAGGAUAUCUCGUGGUAUUUUUUAUGCAAUAGAAUACCUCCACGAGAAAAUCGGGGGGGAUUAUUAUAUCAUACAUCGUAACAUCAACGCCUUCACCAUUUUAUUAGAUGAUGAUUGGAGUCCCAAGUUAUCCGGGUUUGAAUUUUCGAUCAAACAUCUAAAACAUCAAAAGGACCAUGUUUUUCGCUGUGAAGCUAUCGGGACAAAAGGUUAUAUGGACCCGGAAGUGGUGAAGACGGGAGGUUUUACACACAAGUCGGAUAUCUACUCAUUUGGCAUCGUUUUAUUUGAAAUCAUGUGCGGCAGAAAAGCAUUUGAUCCAAAAGCUGAUGAUGACGAUAUGUUUCUAGCACCAUUGGCCAAACUUCAUUAUGAAAAUGAUACACUGAAAGAUAUGAUCGUCAAUCCUGAUUUACGGGAUCAAAUGGGCGGAUUUUCAUUCUUUUUACAGCUAUCACGAGCAGCGUAUUAUUGCAUACAAGAGAAGCGAUCACAACGUUCAGAUGUGAAGUCAGUUAGGCGCAUUGUUGAUUCAGCAAUGUGUAGUUAUAAAAUAUAUAUGUAUGGGGAAUCUGAAUCAGGAGUAGAACAGGAUUAUGACGAUCCUUAUUAUAAAGAUAUACUUGAUGAUUAUUAUGGUGAUGACGACGGUGAUAAUGAUUAUGAUAAAAAACUUGAUGAUGACGGUGAAAAAAGAUUUGAUGAUGAUGAUGACAACGACGACAACGAUGACGAGUCCCAUGACUCCUUAGACAAACCAUUAAAGGAGGAGUUAGGAGGAGACGCGGUUGGACAUGAGUCACCCAAACCCUUGAAGGUACUGCAUUUGACUUGUUUUAUUAUUUACUAG